AUGGCGUCUCUACGAAGUAUCCUUGUCACUGGCGCAAACCAGGGUCUGGGAUUUCAUACCGUCCAGCAGCUCGCACAGACAGAAAACACACUCGUCUUCAUGGGCUCCCGCAAACUCUCAAACGCCAAACAGGCGAUCACCAAGUUUGUCUCUGAGAUCCAUCCUUCUUCACUGGUGGUCCCAGUACAACUCGACAUCACGGAUGAGGAGUCGAUACGGAGCGCCACCGGAACAGUAGAGACAGCACUGAAGGAGAGGAAGUUAGCAGGGCUUGAUGUGCUCGUAAACAAUGCUGCCGUCGCCACCCAAUCCUUUCAAGAGGUCUACGCUGUCAACGUCACCGGCACCGCCGCCAUCACCGCUGCCCUUCGCCCGCUGCUCAACAAAAAUGGCGCAAUCAUAAACAUGUCGUCCUCCCUCGCGUCGCAUGCCUGGCACACCAAACGCCCGCCGCCGCCAAUCGAGUCGCCCGCGUACAGCUCCAGCAAGUCUGCGCUUAACCACUUGACUCUGAUUUGGGCUAUCGAGGAGGAGCAAAGGGGUCACGGGGUCCGGGUUGUGUCAAUCUGCCCUGGCUUCAAUGCGACGAAGCUGAGCGAUUAUAUGGGAACGAUACCGCCCUCUGAGGGAGCGCGAAUCAUUGUCAAGACUGCACUCGAGGAGGGUGGUCAAAGCGGGGUCUAUUUCAACAAGGAAGGACUAAUCGAGUGGUGA